AUGAACCGGCAGCUAGUGAACAUUUUGACAGCCUUGUUUGCAUUUUUCUUAGAGACAAACCACUUCAGGACGGCUUUCUGCAAAGACCAUGACUCCAGGUCUGGAAAACAACCUUCACAGACCCUAUCGCCUUCAGAUUUCUUGGACAAAUUAAUGGGAAGGACAUCAGGAUAUGAUGCAAGAAUCAGGCCCAAUUUUAAAGGUCCUCCAGUAAACGUUACUUGCAAUAUUUUUAUCAACAGUUUUGGAUCGGUCACAGAAACUACCAUGGACUACCGAGUGAAUAUUUUUCUGAGACAACAGUGGAAUGAUUCACGGCUGGCAUAUAGCGAGUAUCCUGAUGAUUCCCUGGACUUGGACCCAUCCAUGCUGGACUCCAUUUGGAAACCAGAUUUAUUCUUUGCCAAUGAGAAGGGUGCCAACUUCCAUGAUGUCACCACUGACAACAAAUUGCUUCGAAUUUCAAAAAAUGGCAAAGUACUCUACAGUAUCAGACUCACCUUGACCCUAUCCUGUCCCAUGGACUUGAAGAAUUUUCCAAUGGAUGUCCAGACGUGUACAAUGCAGCUGGAGAGUUUUGGGUACACGAUGAAUGACCUGAUAUUUGAGUGGUUAAGCGAUGGUCCAGUUCAAGUUGCUGAAGGACUGACCCUGCCUCAGUUUAUUUUGAAAGAAGAGAAGGAACUUGGCUACUGCACAAAGCACUACAACACUGGAAAGUUUACCUGCAUCGAGGUUAAAUUUCACCUGGAACGCCAGAUGGGGUAUUAUUUGAUCCAGAUGUACAUCCCCAGUCUGUUGAUAGUCAUUUUGUCCUGGGUCUCCUUUUGGAUAAACAUGGAUGCAGCCCCUGCUAGGGUCGCACUGGGCAUAACCACCGUCUUGACGAUGACCACCCAGAGUUCAGGUUCCAGGGCAUCUCUGCCAAAGGUCUCCUAUGUCAAAGCGAUUGACAUCUGGAUGGCGGUGUGCCUUCUGUUUGUGUUUGCUGCCUUAUUGGAAUAUGCAGCAGUGAACUUUGUCUCCAGGCAACACAAGGAGUUCCUGCGGCUCCGGAGAAGACAGAAGAGGCAGAAUAAGGAAGAAGAUGUUACUCGUGAAAGUCGUUUUAAUUUCAGUGGUUAUGGGAUGGGUCACUGCCUCCAAGUGAAAGAUGGAACAGCUGUCAAGGCCACACCUGCCAACCCGCUCCCACAACCCCCAAAAGAUGCAGAUGCCAUCAAGAAGAAGUUUGUGGACCGGGCAAAAAGGAUUGACACGAUAUCUCGAGCUGCCUUCCCAUUGGCCUUCCUCAUUUUCAACAUCUUUUACUGGAUCACAUACAAGAUCAUUCGGCAUGAAGAUGUCCACAAGAAAUAG